GAACAGCCUUGAGUUUGGUUGCUUCGUUUGGGAUCGCUGUGAUUGCGAAGCUGCAAGAAAUGUCCAUGGCCAAGUAUAACUUGUCACCAGCCGAAAUUAUUUCGCAUUCCGCACUUUUUUCUGCGUUUGCCAUUCUCAUCGGGUUGGUCAUCAGUGGGAAGCUGCUGACUUCCCUGGACAUCCUCGCUUUCCAGGAUUCCCAAGAUCGUCCUGCAGGGGUCUUCUGGGUUGCCACAAUCGGGUACUGCGUCACUAGGGUCUAUUUCUCAGUGCUGGGGUCUCACGGGGUCGCAAUUUCGUUGACCUGUGCAGCGGCUUCCGAAUCAAUUUUUAAAGUUCUUGUCAAAGUGUUCCUGUUGGCAGAACCCCUGCUUUUUAGAUACAUUUGGUCAGCUGUUAUGGUUUUUGUUGGACUAUUGAUGGCAACUAAAACACAGACCACAGUUCACAAUGGACGUCAUCAAACUAAUACAGCAAUGCCUUGAUGCAGUGUUAUUCCAUGCAAAAAAAUAAUUACUACCAUUUGAAUAAAUUGACUGAUCAUUUGCAACUACUGUAUAUGAGGGAAUAAGAGUGAUUUUCAUGGAAAAA